GUCCAUCUCGUCUCGUCCCAGCAAAGCAAAGGCAGCCAUGCCCCACAGUCUCUUCCUGCUCGUCGUCCUCCUCGCCGCCGCGCAAGCCAGCGCGGCCACGCCGCGGCAGCUGUUCCUCGUGAGCCGGCCGCCCAUCACGCUCACCAACCACCACGGCCAGCUGCUGACGGGCAACUACUCCGUCAACCUGCUCUGGUACGGGCGUUUCACGCCGGCGCAGCGCGCCGUGGUGGCCGACUUCAUCCUCUCCCUCUCGGGGACGGGGCCGGGGUCCGUGGCGGCGUGGUGGGCCACGACGUCGCGGUACCAUCCUGGCGCAGCACGGCUGUCGCUGGGGCGACAGGUGCUGGACCCGUCGCGCUCCCUAGGCCGCCGCCUCUCGGAGUCGUCGCUAGCGUCCCUGGCGACGCGCCUGGCCCCGCACCGCGGCUCCGUGGCGGUCGUGGUGACGGCGCCGGACGUGCUCGUGGACGGGUUCUGCCUCUCCCGCUGCGGCCUCCACGCGUCGUCCCCGACCCCGAACGCCACCCGCGGGCGUGGCCGCGGGCGGUACGUGUACGCGUGGGUGGGGAACCCCGCGGAGCAGUGCCCGGGGGAGUGCGCAUGGCCCUUCCACCAGCCGCUCUACGGCCCGCAGCCGGCGGCGGCGCCGCUGGUGGCCCCGAACGCGGACGUCGGGAUGGACGGCGCGGUGAUCACGCUGGCCACGCUGCUGGCGGGCGCGGUGACCAACCCGUACGGCGGCGGCUUCUUCCAGGGCCCCGCGGAGGCGCCGAUGGAGGCCGUCACGGCGUGCGCGGGCGUGUUCGGGGCCGGCGCCUACCAGGGGUACCCGGGGCAGCUGCGCGUGGACGCCGCCACGGGCGCCAGCUACAACGCCGUGGGGAUCGCCGGCCGACGCUUCCUGCUGCCGGCCAUGUGGGACCCCGAAACAGCGCAGUGCUCCACGCCGCUGGACUAGAUAGAUAGAUAGAUGCCCGUGCCGCCGUGCAUGACUGUGGUGGAGUCGAGUGUCGGUGCUGCUGUUUCUUACUUUCUUUCUCGUGUCCCCUCCCUCGCAUUGUGGAUAUACCACUCACCAACCAUUUCGUUUGUGGCUU